AGAAGGCAUGGGUGGGUCUGUACAAAGAGUUUGGAGCACAGUGGACAGUGGUUCCUGCAACUGAACUACAGGGAGCACAUACGCUUAACUCAGGAUAUUCUGGUGAUUCUGAAAAGCGACUAGAUCCAUGCCCUACUGUGAUUGGCCAAAACACCCUGAGAAGGGAGAACAGAAGUCAAAUGAAUAUGUAAGUCCUUCAGAGGAGGGCAUGGGUGGGUCCAUAGGAGACUGCAGCACAGUGGACAGUGGUUCCUGCAGAUGAACUACAAUCCUGAGCCCUCUGGACUGUGGAGAAGAAGUCUCUCUAUGUGCUGCUUCUGCUGUAGCUGACUGUGCAAAGCUGUGUCUGAAGAAUCUUCUUCACUGUGAUUUUCUUUACUGUAAAGCAGGGAUGCAAACAAUAUUCUCUCCAUCUUGAGGAUUGCAAGCUGUGUCAGGAUGGGGUGACAGCUGUCAUUUAGGCAGGCUUCCUUUUGUAAUGUUGCUGUGUCACAGCAUUCUUGUUCUCAGUGCUCAUAUUCAGUAGAAAAAAACUUGCACACAACUAUCACACUGGAGUCUGCAUCACAAAUCUGAGAACUAAAACUGAAAGAAUUAGAGGAAAACAGAAAAGAUGAGAAUAGGAUUUGUGCUUUCAGGGACAUUGUGCCUGUCCUGUGAGUGACAGUCACCCUCAACAGUAAAUCAGGCAAUGGUGUUUAUUUAAACAGGUUUAGCUUUUCUUUUAGGACAUUUCUUUUCCCACAUCUUCCUAGCCUAGAUCUGCAGUCAGUUUAAACACAGUUCUGCAGUUCUUGUAUCCUGCAAACAGAUCCCCAUUUGUCCUUUGCAUUGGACAGGGGCUGCAUGUACAGUGAGUCUGUAUACGCUUGUGAAGGCACUUAUGCACAGUGUUAUUCUAUAGAGAUCCCUCUUUUAUAUUAGACUGUUUUUAUGCCCUCACCAGACUGUUGGUACCAACUCUUUUUUAAUGUAGUAACACUUCAAUUUCCCACUGAACUUUUAGAAUUACAGAACUUGCACAAAUAUUCACAAUAAAUCCAAGUGCUUUCCUCAUAUUCCCCAUUCAUUCUCUGGUUAUAAACCACCAUAUACAUGUGUGUUGGUGAAGAAGAAGUGAGCAAGACACAGGGACAAUCUGUUAUCUGAGUUCAUUAUACUGUAGGAGGGUGACAGCAACUGAUCCUAGACAGACACACAUUAUGUGGCAGUGAGUUCUGAUGGUGAAUGAUAAAGAAAUGAUGGUGAAUGAUAAAGCUGGGUACAUUAUUAUUUCCAAAUGUAAAUGGCAAAGCUAAAGCCUGCAUAACUGUAGUAAAACCUAUUGCACUUUAUACGUAAUGAACUUUCCCUGGGUGAGAUGGUAUCCUUAUAGUAUUUCUUAGAAUUAAGUUGACAUCACAUGACUUCAGUGUCAAUAGGAUAACUCUGGCUGUUUGAUCAUUCAUGUUGUUGCAAGAACAACCAUGGGAAAUACAUUAAUGUCGAUGACAUAAAAACUGGGAUUGAGGAAGUCUUGAAGAAGAUAAUGUAGGAGAAAUAAUCAAUUGUAAUUGGAUUUGGAAAUAGAGGCUAAAACCGCAAACUGAUUUGACAUGAAUGAGACAUAAAAUGGAAGCUUCAGGAUGACAACAGAGAUUUGCUGUUUCCUUAGCUGAUUGUGGGGGUCCACUGUGCUGCCAUGGGAAGUUUAAUAGGUAUGAUUGUGGAGAACAAAGGAAAGAAAUAGGAGAUCUGAACUAAAUACCCAACAAUAAAACUCAGGUCUUUAAGUCUGACAGCAAGAGUAUUUACCUGCUGAGUAAUCUUGCUGAAUUUGAUAUUCUUAUUUUUUAGACAGAGUCUCAAGGAGGCCAGGCUAGCCUCUAACUCACUAUGUAUCAAGGAUGACCUGGAGGGACUGACCAUCUUAUAUCUACUCCCUGAGUACCAGAAUCAAAGGGAUCCAUAAGCAGCUGCAUUUGAGGAGGUGCUGAGGAUUGAACCCAAGGCUUUAUUCACACUGGGAAAGAUCUCUCCCACAUGACUAUAUCUGCAGUGCACAGUUAGAUUGCUUUCAUAAAGUAAAAGUUUAAAAGAAAACAAUUAAUCUUAUUGAUGACUUGAAGACUCUAAAAUAUUUAUUGAAUAAAUGGAAUUUAACAUGGUCUUUAUGAAUAAUAAGCUUUAUGUUAUUGUAAGUAAUAUUCCUCAUGGAGACAAGCUUCAUGUCAUAAAAAAGACAGAAGGAAAGUAAAUCUGAAAUAAUUGAAGUUAUUUCAGACAAAAUUACAGUUGGACUUACUGACAUCCUUGACAAUAUCAAAACACAGACAAAAUUGAUUCAUUUGACCAUUAGAGACUGAUUAAACAUAUGUCAAUCAUCAUUCAUUAUUACUUACUUUCCAACUUGAGAAGCUAUGUGUUUGUUGAUUAACUUUCCAUUCAUUUGAAGGCACAAACACAAACCAAUCAGCACAAAAUAUAUGGGAACUAAUCAAAAUCAGAAUGUAAUUAAGAAUGCAACAUAGUGAAGGAACAUGGUGCUAAGGAUGAAGGAAUCUUUGAUCUCUUGCAACUUACUCUUCCUUCCUUCUUUCAGUAACUGUUUUGAUCACAAUUAUGAGUCAGUCCUCCUCUUAUACAGCUGAGCAUGAAGACCAUGGAGAUUUGGUGUCUGACUUCACUGAAUAUUUUAAGAAGUUUAAGAGAGAAAAUGAAAUCAUUUCUCAGGAAACCAUCCAUUUAAUAGAGUAUAAUCUGAAAAAAGGAAACAUUGAGGGGUUACACUCUGUAAUCAGUAAUGCAUUAAAAAAUAUUGAUAAUGCCCCAAUAAGCAUUGCUGUGACAGGAGAGUCUGGAGCAGGGAAGUCCAGCUUGAUCAAUGCCCUGAGAGAAGUUGGGCAUGAAGACAAAAGUGCAGCUGAAGUUGGAGUAGUGGAGACGACUAUGGAGAGAACUCCAUACAAACACCCCAAAGUUAAAACUUUGACAUUGUGGGACCUGCCUGGCAUCGGAACAAUGAACUUUCCACCGAAAGAUUAUCUGGAGAAAGUGAAAUUCCAAGAGUAUGACUUCUUUAUUAUUGUUUCAGCCACACGUUUUACCAAACUUGAACUGGACCUUGCCAAAGCAAUCAGAAUAAUGGGAAAGAAUUACUACUUUGUGAGAACCAAGGUAGACUUUGAUUUAGACAAUGAGAAGUGCAAACCACAUACAUUUGACAGAGAAAGGAUCCUGCAGAUGAUCAGAAGCUACUGUGAGAAAACCUUUAUUCAGAAUAACAUGGAUGCACCACAGAUUUUCUUGAUCUCUAACAUCAGUUUAUCUGACUAUGAUUUUCCGGUUCUGAUGGACACCCUGAUAAAGGAUCUUCCUGCUCAGAAGCGCCACAAUUUUAUGCUUUCCUUGCCUAACAUUACGGAGGCAGCCAUUGACAGAAAACGCAAGUCUAUGCAGAAUUAUAUCUGGUUGGAAGCUAGCAUGUCUGCAAUCAUGGCUGUACUUCCUAUGGUGGGCAUCCUCAGGGAUGAUGUGGAGAAGCUAAAGGUGAAUUUAAACCACUAUCAAGUCACCUUUGGGGUGGAUGCUGAAUCUCUGGAAUUCAUUGCCAAGGAUUUCCAAGUGCCUGUUGAACAACUGAAAAAAAUCAUUAAAUCUCCUUAUUUAUUGGAAACUAAGAAAGAAGAAACAUCAGAGGAAAUGUUGAUGAAAUACUUGGAGACAUUUAUGUCAGCAACUGGUGGGCCCCUUUCUUCAGCUAUUCACUUUAGGAAAACCUAUUACUUGCAACUACUUUUCCUUGACACAGUGACUGAAGAUGCCAAAGUUCUCUGUCGGAGGUCAUUCAAGGAGAUCAAUAGAGAGCAUUCAAACUCAUGGAACAUGGCUGGGCAAGCCCAGAAGACUACUUGUCCUGAGGCCCUCGUGCUGUUAUUGAGCAUAGCUAUGGUUGUUGUCUUCAUGGUUACCACAUCCAUCAAAAUCUGUGGGUUGUAUGAAACUAACCCCUCACAGGGCAGGAUUACUGAUCCUUAAAAUAGUGAUUGACUUUUUCCAAGUAUUUCUGUUGGAGCAGAUUCCUGAUUCCUUAGAAAGAAUUUAGACUUAUAAAUUUUUAGUAAAGUUAAAGAUGUUUCUGUUAAUGACUUUGGGGUAGAAAAUCUUUGGAAACUAUUUAAGGUUUAUGAAGACACACUUUUAAUGAUUGAUUGAGGGACUCGUUGAGGUCAGUGAAGACAAAUAAUGAUACCAUGGCUAUAGCUGGCUUUUGUACCUCUCUAUUGAGAAUGGGCAGGUGAUCGAAGUUGAUGAUGAGUUCCUUGUACAAAUUGUAAGCCCCUCAAGUCACAGGAGUUGCAAUGUUCCUCCCCUGAGAACCUUUACCUGCCAGGAUACACAUACAGUAUAUCUAACUGCCAUAACUGCUUGACCCUCCUAAAGAGUAAAAAGGUCUCUGGACAUAAAAUCCCACCAAUGUCCAUCCUUGAAAGCUCAACUAUGAAAAGAUCCACCCCCUUCCUCGUAACAUCUCUAUAACCCCUGUAUCCCAUUCAGAUGGCUUCUGUUUCUUGCCCAAGCAGAAGCAGCCUCAUUCCUGACUUUUUUCCUUCCAAAUAAAUCUCGUGUGAGCUUU